AAUUAAAACGGAUUGAUAUGAGACAAAUGUAGGUUACAUAUGGAUGCAUUAUAAUCAUAACGGUUGCCUCCAUCUCAUUUCCGUUAUGUCCCGCGGUGAUACGGACACAAAUCUGUAUUUGAUCGAGCAGGUUAACGUCGGUCAAUUUCUCUACCGACAACCGUACGAACGCUUAACGAUUUGGAAGGUCCCGGGAUCCCCGCUGAAACAACUGCACCGUUGGAGAGAUUGAUUCAUCUGACGCGAGCCAGCGAAGACCAAAUUGACGGUUUUCCACGCUGACGUAACAGAUAUCACAAUGCAACAAGAAUAGAUUUAGUCUUGGUUUCUGAGCGGUUCAAUACUGUACAGCGACCAGGGAGGGGGGGCAGGAAAACAAUGAUGCACUUCAGGAACAUUAUCGACCUCGGCGCUACAUCAUCAACACGAUAACCACCUCAAUGCAACAUCAGUGGAUGGUGGAUUUGGGGAUUUAAUUUCAUGUCCAGCGGAACGGACUAGUUGCUGCUUGUGGAAGAUCUUCAUAUUGUAUUUUGUUGCAGGAGAGUUGCUGCUGCCCGGUGUCUCUGCUGCCCGGUGUCUCCCUCCUAUCCAGAACGUUGUUGUGAAUGAUCAAACAUGGCGACUGUACCAGUAUAUUGCAUCUGCAGAUUACCGUACGACGUUACUCAGUUUAUGAUCGAGUGUGAUGCCUGCAAGGACUGGUUUCACGGAAGCUGUGUUGGUGUGGAUGAGGACGAGGCUCCAGACAUUGACAUCUACCACUGUCCCAACUGUGAGAAGACCGAUGGAAAAUCCACCAUGAAAAACAAGAAAAGGAAUAAACACGACACGGGACAGAGAGGAGACAUCAAAGCUGUUCAGAACGGCAGUCAGGUGUUCAUCAAGGAGCUACGCAGUCGCACCUUCCCCAGCUCUGAGGACAUUGUGGUGAAGCUGAACGGCAGUCAGCUGACGAUGGACUACCUGGAAGAGGUUGGUUUUAACGAACCGAUCCUGGUUCUGAAGAAGGACGGUCUGGGGAUGUCCAUGCCCGCUCCUACCUUCUACAUCAAUGAUGUGGAGAACCAUGUUGGUCCAGAAAUCGGUGUGGAUGUGGUAGAUGUGACCAAGCAGAAGGACAGUAAAAUGAAGCUGAAGGAGUUUGUAGAUUACUACUUCAGCACCAGCAGGAAGAAAGUAUUAAAUGUUAUCAACCUGGAGUUCUCUGACACACGGAUGGACAGUAUAGUGGAGAGCCCUCAGAUUGUGCGGAGGUUGUCGUGGGUGGAGAACUACUGGCCAGACGAUGCUCUCCUGGGGAAACCUAAAGUCACUAAGUACUGUCUGAUCGGUGUUAAAGACAGCUACACUGACUUCCACAUCGAGUGUGGAGGGGCGUCCGCAUGGUACCACGUACUCAAGGGAGAGAAGAUUUUCUUCCUGAUCAAGCCCACGUCAGCCAACCUAUCGCUGUACGAGCGCUGGAGGUCCUCAGCCAAUCACACUGAGAUGUUCUUCGCCGACCAGGUGGACAAGUGUUACAAGUGUACUCUGAAGCAGGGACAGACCCUAUUCAUACCAUCAGGGUGGAUCAAUGCAGUUCUGACUCCAGUGGACACUCUGGCCUUUUCCGGACACUUUGUCCACAACCUGAGUGUUGAGAUGCAGAUGAGAGCGUACGAAGUGGAGAAGCGUCUCAAGGUGAAUUGUCUGACUCCGUUCUCCAACUUUGAGACUGCCUGCUGGUAUGUGGGCCGACACCUGCUGGAGAGAUUUAAAGGUUUACACAAGGCCAACAGACAGCCAGCUGCCUACCUGAUCCAUGGAGCUAAGAUCAUUAACGGAGCUUUCAGGGCCUGGACUAAGAAACAGGCUCUGUUAGAACACGAGGAUGAACUUCCAGAAAACAUGAAGCCCACUCAGCUCAUCAAGGACCUGGCCAAGGAGAUCAGGAUCUCAGAGAAUGCAGCUAAAGCCAUUAAGAGUGAUUCGAGUAGCAAGGCUCCAGUGGAGGAACCCCCUCCUGCCCCAUUAGAGCCUGAGGACCCUGCUUCCCCCUCCAGCCACCCCUCUCCGUCCCCUCCUCCUCGGGAGAAACCUGCCAGGAAGAAGGCCUCCAAGCCCCCCAAACCUCCCAAGGUCCCCAAAGCGAAGGAGGGAGGGAAGAAGAAAGGAAAGAAAGAGAAGGAGGUCCCCCCUCCCCCUCCGUUGAAGCCCUCCAGCCUGGCAGCUCUGGAGUCUCACGCCAAGGACAUCCUCAGCAAGAUGGACCAGCCCAAGAAAGGCAAGGUGGGGGGCAAGGCGACUAAGAAUGUCCUGAGCAUGUCGGAAAAGGACACCUGUAAGCAGAACGACCUGGAGAAGUUUGAGAUCCGAGAACAGAACAAGAAACAGACGGAAGCCAAGUGGAAAUAUAAGAACAGCAAACCAGAUUCCUUACUGAAGAUGGAAACUGAAGAGCACAAGUUUGAGAGAACGCCACUAUCAGGCAACAAAGACAAGUUUUCAUUCUCAUUGACACACAAGAAGUUACUAGGUUCUAAGCUGAAGCCCCAGACCAACUCCAGUGUGUUCAGCUCGUUACAAAACCUAAAGGAGGACAAGGCCAAGCCGGUGAGAGACGAGUAUGAGUACGUGUCAGACGAAGGAGAGCUGAAGAUUGAUGAGUUCCCCAUCAGGAGGAAAAAGAACGCCGUCAAGAGGGACGUAUCCUUCCUGUCAAACAUCAAAGACCCAAUCCACCCAUCCAAGAAGCCAAAGCUCCUCCCCUCUGCUGUCAAGAAGGCUGACUCGUCAGAUGAGGAGUCGCUCCACAUCGACACAGAGGUCAAGCCGGAGGUGAAAGGUCGUAACUCGAAGGUGAAAAAGAAGACGGGCAUCCUGGACCUUCUCCAGGCCAGCAAGGCAGUGGGCGUCGACUACAACGCCAACAGUCAGCCACCUGCAUCUCCCAGCACACAGGAGGCCAUUCAGGGGAUGUUGUCUAUGGCCAACCUGUCCUCCGGGGCUACCGCUGGGGCCACAGCCAUCUCCUCUGACACCCCUGGAGGAGGAGGUGGCUCCUGGGGCAGGAACCAUGCCAACACCACCACGGCUGGACGGAAGGGAGGAACACGAGGAGGAAAAGGAGGAGAUGGGAACAGUAAGCGGCCGGCCAAACCCAAGAAAACAAAGAACAGCAGCAUCGACAGCAUCGAGUUUGAUGACGACCAUGAUCACAUGGACGCCUGCUUCAAGGACUCAGACUAUGUUUACCCUUCCCUGGAGUCAGAAGAGGAUAACCCUGUCUUCAAAUCCAGAUCCAAGAAGAGGAAAGCUUCAGACACUCCAUACAGCCCUACAGCGCGUGUCGGUCCCUCUGUGCUUCGUCAGGCGAGGCCGGCCAGAGAAGGAGCGCGAGUGGCGUCCAUAGAGACCGGACUGGCGGCUGCUGCAGCCAAACUCACACACCAGAAGGAGCAGCAGAUGACCAAGAAAAAGCAGAAGAGCACAAAAAAGAAGCCCCCUGCUGCUUUGAGGGAGGAGGAGGAAGAGGAGGAGCCAGUGAGGAAGCUGAGUAGGGACAGCAGUACUCCAGAACCAGACGCGGGCCGGGACUCUGAGCCUGGUCAGACCGACCAUGAAUACUCCUCUGGGGCAGGAGGGAAGCAGGCUGGGGGGCCCCAACCCAUGGCCCCUGGAGUCUUCCUUACACAGAGACGACCCUCCACAUUUUCAUCAUCUCACAACAAUAACAACAACAACACAGCCAAGGGGGAGCGAGGAGCCGCAGGAGGAGCAGGUGGAGCAGGAAAGGGUGAUGCAAAGGGCGAAGCGAAGCGGCUAAAGAAAGGCAUGGCGACGGCCAAACAGAGACUCGGAAAGAUCCUCAAGAUCCACCGCAACGGGAAGCUCCUCCUGUAACAGGAAGUGACUCGCUACGGAGCAUUGCCAUUGGCUCCUGCAGUACUCUUAGCAUAUGAACUAGCUCCAUCUCCUUUCCUUUGAUUGGUGCUGGGCUAACAGACAGACUGAAACAGUCAACAUUGGUUUUGCCUAUACUUAAAAAGUGUACAGAAUAAUUGCUAGAAAUAUUUUUUAAGAAAAAUGUGUCAUUUUACUACAGUCAGUUUA